AUGGUUUAUUUUUUCUCAAAUAGACUUGCUGCGUUAGACAGUGGGGGUGAUACCUCACAGACACCUCUUUCUACAACUUCUUCAAUGAAUGAAGGGGACCAAGUAGAGGUUUUGAUCAACUCCCGACCAAGAGUCUAUCAUCACAAAGUUCAGAUAUCCGGUCGUUCUCAAUCACCUCCUGCUUACGGAACUGGUGGCGAGGAGUCGAAUGACAGCAAUGAACCGCGCUAUUCAUCGGGACCAUCCAAGGAGGUUAAUGGCACGCGAAUGGGUCUUGGUAUGGCGUUCAGUCAUUCGAUGGACCUCUCUCCGAAGCCAAGUACCUACAAAACAACAUUUACCCAGGGUGACCAACUGAAUCACAUCAAAGUUAUUCGUAUGCAAAAUAAACAACGUAAGGAUAGUACUGGCAAAGAUAUCACCAUUCAUCCCACUACGCCGCACCUCGCUAGCUCUUAUCCCCGUGCCAGUCUUUGUGGUGAAGCUGGUGGAGAGAGUGGAAGCGCUUUGGACUUCAGGGAGAUCUAUAAUCUCCAUGACGAGGCCACUGAGGAUGGGUCGACCACUGCAGAAUCUUCAGAUGUGGAGGCUUACAACCGAUUUUGCUAUGAGUCAGAAGGCUCACAGCUACCUUCCACUUUCUAUCACAAUGCUAUGUCUUCUCCACCAAAUGGCAGCAAGGAUCGAGUUGGAAUACUUAGUGGAGACUCUAUUCAACCAAGUAUGAGUGCCACAUCAAGCUCACGCACUAGCCUAAGCAGUACCUAUCCACGCACCCUGACGCCAAUAAACCUUCCACCCACUGCGGUUGCAGCUGGAACGCCCCCAGAGAACAACAUUCGUGCUCUUCGAGCUAGAGGAAUGACCACACGAGGCUAUGAGAAUCACCGAUGUGAUUUCUCAUGCGAUGUAAAGAAGAGAUGCGUCAACCUUUGCUAA